AUGGAACUAAACGCUCCACUUUCUCGUGUAUAUGAUAACUGUACUCUAAAGGUGGAUGGUACCCGUGUUAGUGCCUCUUGUCGCUUAUCGAUGGCUGGUAUAAAUUAUACCAUUUACACGAACUCGCUCCAAGUCAUUCAUUACAUGGUAAAAAACAUGCUGGCUGGAAGUUAUCAUCACGUCGCAGAUGUCUUUUCGGCUUCGGCCUACAUAUCCCAAACGUCUACCCGUGCCAUGCUGAGCAUCCGAGUAAGCCCUUCUUUGAUACGUCCGGUCGUAGUCGAUCGCAGCACGACACCUACCGAUGCAAUGGAAGUGAAUGACCAAGCCUCCCCCUCCUCACCCAAGCUUGAAUUUUUAAUUCACCUUUACUGUCUUCAAAAUUGGGAAGAUAUUCAUAGCUCCCGUGGUGACAAGGUUGCCUUCGCGGAGAAAUUAAUCAAACUCCAUGAGAAGCUCUACACAGAUAAUAUUAUCCAAGGACCCGGGGCGAUGGCACCUCCCGUCACCAUUCAAGAUGCCACCAUUGAAACCAGAAGUAGUUUGCGCCCUGGAACAAGAACAAGCACAGCGAAAGAGGUUGUUCUGGGAACCUACCCACCUGUGAACUUGAAUGUCAACAUGGAUGCAUCUGCCUUAGUCAUCCCAUCACCACCUACCACCACGCCACAAGAUGACGACAUGCAAUGA